UUACGUCCGAAAUGUGCGUCUUACGUCAGCGCUGGUGCCCGUCGUUAGAGAAGCUGCGUCAAACUAGCACAACAGCACAUGAUUUGUGUUUAUAAAGUUUAAAAUGACCGUGUGCAGCUUCUUUCUUCAAGGUCGCUGUCGAUACGGAGAUAAGUGCUGGAAUGAACAUCCGAGAGACGGAAGAGGAGGAGGAGAAUAUCGAGGAAACCAGCAGCAGCCCAGCAGAGGAGGCUAUGGGAACCGCGUGUGGAUAAACCCGGCUCAACGGGGCGGCGGUGAGUUCAUCCAGCCCUCCUCGUUCUCCCGCGGCGGUAAUGAUGGAAGCAGAGGUGGCGGUAAUGACUGGGGUAGAGGUGGCGGUAAUGACCGGAGCAGAGGUGGCGGAAAUGACUGGGGUAGAGGUGGCGGUAAUGACCGGAGCAGAGGUGGCGGAAAUGACUGGAGUAGAGGCGGCGGAGGUGGCGGUAAUGACUGGGGCAGAGGCAGCGGUAAUGACGGAGGCAGAGGUGGCGGUAAUGACUGGGGCAGAGGUGGCGGGAUGUCCAGAGACUUCAGCAGCCAGAACAGAUUCUCAGCGCUCAGCUCUCAGAGCAGCUUUGAUACAGCUGGACAAAACGCAGCGGAUGACAAUGCAAAACAUGUCGAAACAAUCCAGGGUGACAUGGAGGUCUGGCAGACUUCUGGCCAGUGGCCGUUUUCGUGUUAUUCGGUCCUCAACAAACAGAUCUCAGGGUUUGUUGAGUGGUCUCCUGAGGAGCUGAGACAGGAAUAUUACACCUACCGAGCGUCUGGUGAUAUACAGCCUUAUGUGAACUCAGUCCAGCUGCUGGCCAACCAAUGGAGUAACAGAGUUCAGGAGCUGCGAACCAUGAGCAGACCCACUCAGAUCAGUGUGAUUGCAGAGCUGAAUAACUCCAGUCCCCAGAUGCCAUCACAUGGGCUUGGCUCAUCAAGCGCCGGGUUCGGUUCGACAGCAUCAGGGUUUGGAGCCACAUCAUCGUCAACAACAUCUGGCUUUGGAGCAGGAGGAUUUGGUUCCGGUACUCAGAGUAUCAACAGCUUCAGCUUUGCCCAGUCCAAAACUGACUUUGGAGCAGCACCUGAUUUUGGAGGCGCUGCGUUCAGCCCUGCUCAGACCGCGCCAGGUUUCAGCAGUCCCGCUCCGUCUGCCACCUCCUUUUCUUUUGCAGCACCAGCUGCGGAAAAUCAAUCCAGCUCUGCAGCCGGGUUCAGUUUCAAGACGUCUUCGGCAGGAUUGGGCAGCGGGUUUGGGUCUUCGGCACCGCCCGCGAGCGGCGGCUUCGGUCAGAGCAGCGCUGUGUUCACUGGAGCUGCACAGGCUGCUGGGAAUUUAGGAGGGAGUCUGUUUACGGCCCAGAGCGACCUGAGCGCCGAAGAAUUGAAGGAGUUCACAGCCAGACGCUUCACGCUGGGUCAGAUCCCUCUCAAACCUCCUCCUGCAGACCUCCUCAUGGUCUAACACUGACUCUGGGCUCAUCUUUUUAAGACAGGAUUAAUAAACAUGUUUAUGGACUAA